UGUGUUUUAGAGAUUGUUUGUUUGAUUAGUUUGAUUGUUUUUGUGGGGUGAUUUUAAAUGCCUGUAUUUAGCAUGUUUUCGUUGGAAGCGGGUUUGUUAGAGUAUAAUAUGUGAAUGUCAUUCAGUUGUGUAGUUAUAAAUGUUACUACACUUUUCCCUUAUAUACAGGGCUGUAAGUGGUUCAUUUGUUCGAAAUGGUGAUUCAAAAGAUUUGGAACAGUGUUGAAGUGCCACAACAGACUACAGAAAACAGUUCAUCGACUAAUUCGUGGAAUUUUCAAGCACCAACGAAAACUGUAGUCGUUCGCUCAAACGACGCUUCAGCAGGUGCUAUGCAGAAACCGCCUAUAACACGACAAAUCGCCAUCAAUACACUGGCUGCUAUGCAUCGAAGAUUUAGUCUUCCAGGUCCAGUACAGCCUCAUUCUCGGCCUAUUGCUGAAUUUCGAGCAAGUGCCAAUAAGUCACUUGAUAUGUUAAGGCAAACUAUACAGUCUGCUGUAACUAGAGAGAUUGAUCAAGUCAUCAAAAAAUAUUUAGAGAAAUUCUUUGUUCCUGCUGUAAAUAAUAUAAGACUGAAUUUGGGGGAUGAGUCCGUCAGCGAAGAUCAAGUGAGAGCAGUCUGUCGUGCAAUGUUGGAUGCCACCCGUCUCUUAUAUACCACCCCACCAAAACCAACACCAUCACCUCAAGACACCAGUGAUUCUGAAUCAAAUAACAGCAUCGAUUCCAAGUUCACUAAGCAACUACAAAGUCCAUCACAAAAACGUAAAGAAUCUGAUUUGGAGAUUGAUUUGGGAUUGAAAACUAAGAAAAUAAAGCAAGAAGAGACUUCUGAUAGUGCAUCUUCGUCACCGCUACCAUCACCAGCUAUUAGAGAUCCGGAAAAAUGGAAUCCUACUAGACUGAAUCAAGAUACAUUAUUUAUUAUGGGAUCCCACGCACAUAAAGUAUUAGGAUUGGGCAGUUCUCGAGGCCGUUUGUAUACAAGGCAUGCUGGAUUACUUAGAUAUCCUGCAGACAGCAUUGAUAAGGAGUGGAUUGCCAAUCACAAUUUGGUGAACGCAGUGGGCGGGAAAACUUAUAUAAUGGUUUUGGAAGAUAUUGAAGAACUUGCUCAUAGUGAGGCCUAUCGACACAGCUCAUUACCAAUGCUUGGGGAAUUAACUGGGUUCAAAGUACCACCCUUUAUGUUGAGGAAAAUUAAAACGUAUGUAAUGAAAAGAGCAUUAAGUUGUGAUAACGUUGAUAGUCCUCAACCAUCCACGAGUAAUGUUAUUGAGGAAAUAAAGUUGGAGGAUAUUAAAAUUGAGCCCCAUCAAAAUUAUGACAGCAAUUUUAAUGCCAGCCAAUAUAUAACUAGUUCUGAUGACACGCAAGACUUCCCUGAGGUACCCAAUCUAAAAGAUGAUGGAGACUUCGCUGAUAUUAAAGUUGAAGACAUAGAAGACAUAAAGGUAGAUGGUAUUAAAGUAGAAGAUUUGGAUGAAAUGAAAGUUGACGGUAUUAAAGUUGAAGAUUUGGACGUUAAUAGUAUCAAAGUUGAGAACAUAGAUGUUAUAAAUGUGGACGGUAUCAAAGUCGAAGAUAUCAAACUAGAAAAUGAGGACGCAUUCGCUCUUUGUAAGGAAACAGAUGAUGAUCAAAAUCCUUUGGUGGAUGGUCUCUUAGAAGCUGAUAUAGAAUUUCUGAGCAGGAAUUUGGGUAAUAUUGAAAGUGAUGCUGACGCAAGGAAAACUAUAGAGAAAUUGACUGGAGCCAAUCCUGACACUAUCACUUUAGUGGGAGAUGAAUUUGAUUUGGGAUCUACAUUGAACACCAGUAACUUCUCCAGCAAUCAAACUAAGUGUAUAACAGUAGCGUCUACAACCAGUGGAAUGAUACAUAGUGUUCCCGUGGCCCAUAUUGCCGCUCCACCCCGCAUUACUGGCAGUACUGUACAUUACUACACUAGUACAUCCGUGCCUAAUACUCAAAGGACGAUACACCACUUGCCCCAGGCCACCGUUACUAUACAAAGUAUUCCUGGCUCAACGUCUCAGAUGAUACGCGGAAUACCGAUUAACACGAAAAGUGGUACCUUCAGCACCGUGAUGUCCCAAGGUACGGCUAGCACGAUAAUCGGCUUCGGCACUAGAGCUAACAACGCCACAAUCAUCGGAACACCCACACAGUAUGUUAACGUAUCAUCUAAAUCUUUUCCGACUGGCAACAUUCUCCACAACGCUAUCGUGUCGCGCAACAUUAUCAAUCGUAACUUCAACGCGGUCACAUCUGGUGUCUCUUUCAACGUCUCGGCGGUACGACCAGUAGUACAUACUACAGCACCUAAACAGAACACUGUUGUAUCGGCGAGUUCAGACUUCGAUAAUAUAUCCACCACAAAAGACAUGAUAGAUAACGCUUGUAAUUCUUCUGUGAUGCUGAAAAAAGUUCUCACUUUGGGCAGUGCGGGUGCGACAAAGUCAUUUGUGAUGCAUAACACUCAAAAGGUGUUGUCUACCGGUUUCGCUAACGGGUCUACACCCCCUCCUAACGUGACUAUAGUUAGUUCAGGUACUGGUGGGGGUAUUUUGAAUAAUCCUAAUAUUGGGCACUCGACAUCAUCUAUAGUAAGUCCCACAUCUGGAACGUUGAGUGCUACUCAUGCGACUUUGUCUGCGCUACUCUCUUCAGGGGAAAAUGCACCGCCAAAUAAGAACUGAAUUUAAUAAUCCAUUUCACUAAUCUACCAAAGUAUUAUUCCCUUUAUUAUUGAUCUCAUAAUGAUGUGUGAUAUAAAAAUAAUGCUCUUAUAGUAUACUCAAUAGAUAAUAACAGCGAUUUUUAAAUCCUAAUGUGUAAUCCUCGUACUCACCUGUUGUUAUUAGCUCUGUGGUUAUUUAGAAUAUUGUCUAUAACUAUUGUCUAUGGCUGUGUAUUUUAGGUUAUAAGGAGUAUGAAAUGCAGAUACGCCAAAUUUUAAAGUUUCGCCAAUUAAAUAGAAAUUAUUGUGAAAUAUAUUAACUCACUAUGCUCAUUAUAAAAUGAUACUACGUUAUUAAUGUGUAAAUGGGGAUGAUGAAUCUGUAGAGAAUCACUAGUUAAUU